AUACUAAUGAGACGCUGCUUUACAAAAUAAUAAUUCAGGUCGUACCAAGAUGAUCCUUGCCUUGUAAAUAAUCACGACUGCCGAGGUCUGGUCCAUGACAGUAGCAGCAAUGGUGCAAUGCCAUCGACACCCACGCAGAGAAGCAGCGAAAUGCAAACGAACUGGUCAUGCGCUCACUGCACUUUCAUAAACAAGAGUGAUCUCACACAUUGUGAGAUUUGCUCCAGAAGCCGGCUAGACAAGAUCACGUGCCACCAGCCCCAAAAACAGCAAGUAGCUACGAAUAGUUGUCACAGCAGUGUUGACGAUAGCGUACGUGAACUAAGUAACGGUGCCUGUGGAGUUUCCGUGAACAGCUCAGGUACUGCAAACAUGGUUAAUGGCAGCAGGUUAAGUCCUGAGAUGCUAGAUGGUGGUGGCAAAUUGAAGCUCGUAGCGAAAAGCAACAGUAGCGACGCGAAGGGCAUCCGAGGUGUGCCGUUGCUUGUCUGUCAAAAUAGUGCCGUCACUAAUGCACCUAGUGCUAAUAACAAGAUAAAGUUCACCAGAAAUUUAAGCUACGAGCCGCUGUCACCUCAUUCUAGCAAGCCUUUGCCUGCCAUGCAGGAUUGUGGCCAGAAGGCCAAUAGUCAUGAAUCACCAAAGCCACACAUCACCAAAAACUCCAGCAUCGGCGAACCAAGACCGUCUGCACGUCCAAAGAGUGUCCUCAUCAAAAGUACCUCGUGUGUAGGAGAGCGGGAGUUGGAGCAUGAGCGAAAACCCAGGCCUAAGAGUAUGUUUUCCCUCGAUGAAGACGUCAUGGAUGAGGUGUGGGUGUGCAGAAGGUGCACGCUGGAGAACAAACCGCGCGCCAAGAACUGUGCCGUGUGCGAAACACCGCGGAAAUCGAAUAUUCCUACCAGCAUUCCCGAUAACAUUGACAUUGCUCAAUUUUUGCCCAGACCGCCUUACGACUGUGCGACAAACGAGAAAGUCGUGCUCAUUGACAAAGACCCGCCAGCUAAUCCGCAAUGCGACGUGGGCACUAAGAGCCCGCAGGCUUCCGUCGCCAAGAAGAUAUCUCGUCGAACGCCGCCCCACAGCCCUUCUGGGAAAGCCGAACCCGGCAGCAGAGAUAAGCAUCCUCUCCGGCAGAACUCCUCCGAGCCAGCCCUCUUCAGCGGGGUGUCGCCCGCGCCGAAGCUGCCGCGGCAGAACUCGCAGGGAGACGCGGCAGCGCGGCGGACGCCGCCGGGCCGGCGCGCCCCGCAGCAGGAUGGCGAGCCGAUGGAGGUGGACGCGGGAGAGACGCUGCACGGCGAGCGUGACAACUGGGCGUGCGAGCAGUGCACGUACACGUGCAACCCGUCGUGGACCGACAUCUGUGAUAUCUGCGACACGCCGCGCUUCGUCGAGACGGGCGACGACGGCGGCGCGCCGCUCGACUCAGACUGGGUCGCGGCCGGGUUCGCGGCGGCUGGGCGGCAGCGGGAGCGGCCGAGCCGCGUGCUCGGCAUCCCGUCUCCGGACACGUCGUGGACGUGCUUCAAGUGCACGCUCGCGAACCCGUGCGCGGUGAACGUGUGCGCCGCGUGCGGAUGCUCGAAGAUAUACAGCACAUCGAUGCAGCGCGAGCGGACGGGCGCCUCCGCUGCCGCGCCGCCGCCGCCGUACGACGAGUCGUGGGACUGCGGCGCGUGCACGCUGCGCAACCCGAGCCGGCUGCUCUCGUGCGACGCCUGUGGCAAUCAGCGCCCCCUGCCACCGCUGCCAGAGCCGGAGCCGGAGCCGGCGACUGCACCGAGCGUCGAGCGCGCGAGCGGCUGGUCGUGCAACGGCUGCACAUACGUGAACUCGCGCGACGUGCUCGCGUGCAGCGUGUGCGGCAAGCAGAAGCCGGCGGCGCUCGUGCGCGUGCCGUCGCUGCCCGGCCAGCAUGCCAGCGACCUGAUGGAGGACCUGAGGAAGAUCGACGAGCAGGAGGCGACGGAGACGCGCGAGCGCAUCAUGCUGUUCUGCAAGCAGAACCACGAGCCAUUCGUUGAUGACUCCUUCCCACCCAGCCUCAAGUCGCUCUACUAUGAUCCGACGGAGCCGGGCAAGGACGCGUCAAUACGAUGGCAGCGCCCUCACCAGGUGGCGUGCAACAACGCACGAGAGGCGAAGAUACCGUGGGCCGUGUUCCGCACUCCCCUGCCCUCCGACAUCUCGCAAGGAAUUCUGGGGAACUGCUGGUUUCUGAGCGCGCUGGCCGUGCUCGCUGAGAGACCUGACCUCGUCGAGCGGGUCAUGCUGACGCGGCAGGUCAACGCCGAGGGCGUCUAUCAGGUGCGGCUGUGCGUCGACGGACGCUGGGUGACCGUGCUCGUGGACGACCUGCUGCCGUGCCAUCAGCAGGGCUUCCUGCUCUACUCUCAGGCAAAGAGGCGGCAGCUGUGGGUACCGCUCAUUGAGAAAGCGCUGGCGAAGGUUCACGGAUGCUACGAAGCCCUCAUCUGUGGCCGCUCCAUCGAAGGCUUGGCCACACUCACCGGCGCCCCCUGUGAGAGCUUACCACUGCAGCCUUCCACUAUAAAUCCAGGUGAAGAACCAAUCGACAAAGAUCUGAUCUGGGCAAAGUUACUGAGUUCCAGGCAUGCCGGGUUUCUGAUGGGUGCCUCGUGCGGGGGAGGCAACAUGAAGGUGGACGACGCCGUCUACGAGGCGAUGGGGCUGCGCCCGCGGCACGCCUACUCCGUGCUUGACGUGCAGGACUACGACGGCAUCAGGUUGCUGCGUUUACGCAACCCGUGGGGAAGGUACUCGUGGCGGGGUGACUGGGCCGAUGACUCGCCACUAUGGACGCCUGAACUCAGAGAAAGGUUUAUGGUGCACGGUGCCAGUGAAGGAAUAUUCUGGAUGUCGUAUGUGGACUUCAUGAGCUACUUCGACAGCAUCGACAUCUGUAAGGUGUCGCGCAACUGGAAUGAAGUGCGCCUCCAGGGGGCUCUGCCUCCCCAUGCUGGCCGUCCCCACCAGGUUACGCAACUGACCGUGCUGGAACCAACUGAGGUGGAACUGACUCUGUUUCAGGAAGGAAAUAGAACGUGGAAACGCUCCGACCGUUGCCAACUGGACCUGUGCAUUCUGGUGUUUCGCGCUGCCGCCGGUGGCCACUUGGGGGCGCUUGUGAUGCACAGUAAGCGGCAGGUGCGAGGGUUUGUCGAAUGCUCUGGCAUGCUGGAGCCAGGAGCCUACACGGCUGUGUGUGUCGCCUACAAUCACUGGCACACGGGCUCAGGGAAUCCGGACACAUUUCCCAAAUAUGUGCUGGCCAUACAUAGUUCCAAAAGAGUAUUAGUGGAACAACAGAAACCUCCAUCAAGCUUCCUGGCCGAUGCUAUAGUUCAGCUGACGGUCACCAGAGGGCAGCGCCAUGAGGGUCGGCAGGGCAUGACAGCAUACUACCUAACGCAGGGAUGGGCAGGUCUAGUUGUUGUCAUAGAGAACAGACAUCCUGACCGCUGCCUACAGGUCGUCUGCGACUGUUCCGAGAGCUAUAAUGUUGUGUCGACACGGGGAUGCCUGAGGACAGUAGAUUGCAUACCACCGCUGCACAGACAAGUGCUGCAAGUUGUAUCACAGCUAGAGGGCACUGGUGGCUUUACAAUCAGCCAUCGACUCACCCAUCGGUUGUCAUUCGGCGGCGGUCUAGGAGAGUGGGGUCCCAGAGGUGCCAACCAUGUUCCGAAUCUCAGCUCAGCAGUGUUUGGCCUACACACACCAAGACCUCUAUGACAUUGGCUGUCUUCUAGGAAAUAUGUCUGCAGGGCUUGAUACAGCGCUUUAUUUUUCAAUUCGUACUGCACUGUACAAUGAGGCAAAUCUCAUAAUGAUAAUGUUAGAUUGCAUGAACAGUGUUGACUUUGUAUGUUAGCAGCUUUACACUGAAGCCAUUCACCUGCUCGAAUUGUUCAGUUUACUUUUUGAUGUGGAAGCUUACACAAUCAGGAAUAACGGCCAUUGAGAAAUUGCAUACACAGCAUUUAAAUAUAUAAUAAUUUAUUUGUUUACAGUAGCAAAAAUACCACAUUUAUGUUUCAGUGCUGCUCACUAAUCUAUGCAGACACAAUUUUGCCAAAUCUCCGAUUCCAUAUAAAUAGUGAGCAAGGCCAGAUUUGUGUUAUUGUGCACUGUAAUGGAAGAAUCCACUUAACAGGCCCUAAAUAGCAUCUAGUAAUAUCUAUUAAAUCGUAUAAUUCGUCUCGGUAAUGAGCAUUUGUAGACUAUUUUAAUACGACUACAUGCUUAGAAGUUUAAAAGUGUACAUAUUUUAGAGAAACACUUGUUUGAGCAGAUAUUAAUGUACGAUCAGAUUAAGUAGCUCAAAUACACUGUGUUAACGUGUGAAUAGUGCCUAGAGGGACGUCAACUAUUGUCUUGUGCAUCAUUUGGAUCAAUGUCUCAUUGUCUGUCAAUGUAUGUGUUUAAUAUCAGAAUGUGAUAUCCCACCAGUAAUUACAGAUGCGUGCACAGUGUUGCGUUGAGAUAUUCGAGCUAAAGAUCUAAUUUCACAUCUUCUAAACAUCUACUUGUUAUUGAUGUGGCUAAAUGAAAUGUAGCUCUUCUUUCGUCUGUUCGAUUAAAUGUAAACUAAUUCAUGCGAGAAUUCACUCUACAUGCUCGACUAGGGAUAUACAUAACUGCGUAUCUAGUUUAAAUUAAUAUAACACUGCCUAUAGUUGCUCAGGCAUCACUUACUGUGCUGCACGUACAUGUGCUUAGAAAGGCUAGCUAAUACCAUGAACCAUUUUCACGUGAACAUGGCGGUGCUAUAUGGCGAGGAAGGACCAUUCUGACAUUGUGAUUGAACCCAGAUGUACAGCUGUGGUCGCUAUACAGACGCAGGUAGUUUUUUAUCGGGAGUGUUGGCGUGUAACUCGUAACGUAAGUCUGUAAAUAAUGGCACCGCAUCCGAAUCUAGUCUAGAUUGCACGAAAUCAUCACAGAAUUUAACUAUGUUUUAUCAACAUCAGUAUCAUCUGAUAACGUUUACCCAAGUGAACUUUAAAAAAAUUGAUGCAAUAGUUUUAGUGUUGGAAGGCGCAAUUUCUGACCCAUAACCUGACGAGUGGUUUUUGCUGUCAUACGAUGGCAAUUGGGCUAGCAGGCUAUACCUUCACCAAGCUUCAGUUGUGCAGAUAUUCGGCUCGGAAUCGCGUGAUAAUAGUACACUGCGGUGAAUGUCAUUAGUUGCUGCUUCUGUGACUGCCUAAUAGUUAUCACUGGUCCACCUGUUGCAACCAUGACUACAAGCCAUCACACCUGCAGGCCAUGAAACUCACAUGGCACGGCACUAUAAAUAUGUUGUAUCCAUGUAACAACCGACAAAAUUAUUUAAUAGUUGAUAACCACAAGUAAAUUAUUACUUGGUAUAUAGUUUAAUACAAGCUAAAUUAAGACAAUACAAAGCAACGUUCACAAUCUUUGGCUAAUAGGAGUACGUUCAUCUAGUUGCAAGUGUAGACUCGUAUAGACAUAACGAUAUGUAUAAACAAGUAAUUAUAUACAUUACUUGGCACUUUUAUGUUCUAUGAUCAUAUUCAAAUAAUCUACAGUUGCAAUUUUGAUGACAGAAUAAAAAUGGAAUUUAUUUUUUUGAUAA